AAAAAAACUCAGUUUAUAGUUACAUAGAUACAUAGAACAUACACACAGUUUCCAGAAAUACAUAUAUAUACAAAUGUACACAGUGCGCACCGCCACCAAGGCAGAUCUGCAAUCGAUAUCGUUGCUCAUCAAUGAGACGUACGUGAAGUGGUUUGGCAAUAAGUGGAUCAAGUAUGAUAGCACGGAGAUCUUUAAGACCUAUCAGACCCAUCGUCUGAUCGCCGAGCAGGGUAGCAUCAUAGUGGCCUAUGCGGAGUUUCGUAACUAUCCGCGCAUCGGGCCGCUGCCCAGCGACAACUGGAUGGACUGGCUAUAUGGAAGAUAUUGCAUUACAGUCUCCAUUAGCUGGCUGAAUACCCUGUUCUUUAACUUCUGCAUCUAUAGAGAGGGUCACGACGAGUCGCUGCUCGCCUUGAUACGUGAGGUAUUCUAUAGGGAGAAUCUCGUUUUGAAUUUGAUAACAGUUCGUGUUCCCGUGCUGGUCGAGGAUGUGCACUACUUGGAGUAUUUCGAUGAUCUGGAGAAGUAUGCAAAAGUCUUCUACCCGCGCGAGUUUAGCAUCACUAGCAACAAUAAUACCCAGUCCUUGUUCAUUGUGUCACGCCACAACGUAUUGCCACAAAUCACCUAUCGCAAGGCACUACCCGAGGACAACGAUGAUAUCGUUGAGAUGCAUUCUCGUGAGCUCCCCGAAAUGCGCGAGGCUCACGGCGACUUCUACAUAGCCGAACAGCUAAUGGGCACGGACAAGCAGGACGGGCAGUCGGCCAUAAUCGUCGUCGAAAUACAGAAUCGCAAUCAGGACUCGCUUACGGCCGGAUUCAUUUGGCUGAAUGCGGACAUUGAUGUGCGUUACUAUGUGACAAACUAUGAGAUGGAAAUGUUUGGCAAUCUGGUCAACUUUAAUUCCUCCAAGCCCUAUGGCUUGGAGGAAAUCACCGUUAUGUCCACGGAACGCACACCGGAGGCCAAACUAUUCACAGCCGCUGCCAUGGAUGAUCUGUUUAAUGCCACCGUUCUUGGAGGCAUGCAAUCCAAUGACAGUGGCAUUAGUGUGCUCAGCCGAAGUAAGCUGAAGGUUAGCUCGAUGGACGGCACUAUUGUUGAGGACAGUGGCAACACUAGCUGCAAUAAGUUCUACGCACGUGAAAAUCUCUUUGUCAAGUUUACCUAUAUCUUCGAGAAGCUCGUCAAGCUUAACUACUAUAUCAAUAAGCAUGACAAGACUAUUGAAUUAUUUUAUAAUAUCGACUCCAAGUAUCGGAUAACGUCUAACAUUGGCUUAGCAUCCAAUGUUUUCGAGCUGAAGUUCAUUUGCGUGAACGACGAGUUCCCUUUGCCGCGCCUAUUCAACUGCCUGAAGGCCAUGUACUCGGCUUUUCCAGAUCGCGACUAUUGCAUCAUGGUCAUACCGCAGAGCGCCAGUACUUUGCGCAGUCAUGUCGAGGCGCUCAAAUACUUUAUGCCCGUGGCACAGCGUCCGACUGAUUUGACCAACUUGCGGGAGAUCUUUAUAACGCAUCGCAGCACUAUCUUUGGCGAGAUUAGCCUGUAUCGUUUGCAAAACGAAGAUACGAGUAUGAUCAUUGACAUGUUCAGUAAAAAUCAGUCCAAUGCGUCGUGCAACAGCAGCUACGCCUACAAUUCGAACGUGAACGUAUUCGCAGACGUUGAGAACGAGUUGCAGGUGGUAAAACAGAUAAUGAUCGAUGUGCUAAGUAACGAUAGCUCCAAAUACGACUUCUUUACCAUACGCUGUGGCAAUUCGACCAAGUCGGCCCAGGAGAAUACGGCCGUGGGCUACGUGAUAUUGCGCAAGUAUCUGAAUCGCCACGAGCUGCUGUAUCACUUCCAUUUGCCCAACAACGAUCAGCACCUGGCAAACGAGAGGGCCGCGAUCAUAUCGCUGCGCCUGCAUCCGCUCUAUCACAACUGCAGCGACUCGAUCUUCCGGAAUCUGGCGGCCAAGACGGACUACAACGACUUCUAUUUCAUAUGUGCACGUAAUAAAUUUAUGUUCAGCAACGAUUUGAAGAGCAUGAUGAUGCAAAUCGAGCCGAGUGCCAAGAAGCGCAGCUUUUUCAACGUGAAUCAGGAAGAGAGUACGGAGAGCUCCUUUGACGGUCUGCCCGAGUUCGACUACUUCAAUGAUCAUCUGGUUGUCUUCCGCCACAAGUUGAAUCCGACGCAGUGGUUCGGCAAGAAUACGCAUCUCGUCGUCAUUGGGUUUACGGCUGUGGCUAAGGCCUUUCUGCGCCAGCUCUACUUUCAGUGGAAUAGCAAGGACCACACCAACUCGGAGUCCUUCACCUGUUUGUCACGCUUGAAGGUAACAGUCAUAGCGUCGCCUGGCCUCGUGGAGGCCGAAUAUGAUUGCAUGUUCGUGUGUCCCCAUUGUAAGUCGCACAAGCAUUGCUAUCUCCACUGUCAGAAUUAUUCCUGCUAUGUCCGUGACACGAUCAAGCGCAUGGACUUGCGUCUCCGCGUGCACUUCGUGGCAGGCGAUGUCAACUACAUUAACAGAGAGAGUAAAUACGUUAAGAUCAAUCACACCUGCGACGUGGAGUACGACACUUUGCUGAUCAUGGACUAUAAGAGCUACAACCUGCCCCUAAACAAUGGGCCCGCGGUGCCCUCCAAUUUCAUUGAGAUCAACAGUCGCCUGGAUAAGUUCCUUCUGUUCUAUAAGCUACGCGUGCUGACCGAGGAAGUGGACCGCAUCUAUGCGAUACUCGUCUACGGCAGCAACUUGAGCACCUAUGAGUGCAUUGACUUUCUGCUCACUCACGGCGUUGAGCCCAAGCGGAUUAUCCUGGUCCAGCCGGUAGUGAAGGCUGCCACCGAGAGCGAGCAGAAACUGAAUUGCCCCUAUAUUGAUGAGAAUAUUCAGUGUACACUCGAUGACAUGCUGACUGACUUGGGCGUUGUCAUACACACAAAUCUCAAUCUAUCCCGGUGGGAGAAGCAUGAGAUGGCCAAUUACAUCAUCGAGGCGGUCUUCACUGCCUUCAAGACCAAGAAGACGAUUAAGUUCGACUGCGAUCUGUUCAUAUCGUUCAACGACGGCUACAUGGAUGCAGUCACUGAGGAUUGGCUAAAGAAGUCGAAAAUUGCAUUGAAGGACAAUAUGAUUUUGGUCAAUAAGAACUUUCAGACCAGCGAUCCAGACAUCUAUGCUGCCGGCAAGUUUAUCAAGGUGAUUGAAACUGUCAACCAUCAGUAUCAAUUCACAAAUGAGAUGGAGACAGCCCAAAAGCUCAUGCAAAUACUGGAUCUAAAGAAGUUCGACAAGCCGCUCGAGUACAAAUACUCGGAGUGCACAUUCUUUACGGCUUUGCUGCCGCUCUCGUAUUACAUCACAAAGCUGACGAUGCCGCGCCGUUAUAUGGCCACUCACCUGCUCACCUGCAACAAGUACACGCUGAGUACCUACCACGAGGAGGGCACUUUCUGUCGCAUUGGACUCAGCCAGAAGAUGAUCGUGGAUGAGAUCGUUGUGGUUUCGAAACAUGCUGUCAAUCUUGACUUUCUGGAGCAUUUCUGUGGCAAGCACGAGAAGAUGUUGAACAAUUUGAAGGCUCGCUACCACGCCGGCUCCAUCAACUGCCUUCUGCAAUUUCUGCAGCAGCCCUGGACGGAGCUGCUGACCCAUGUUGACUUCAAAGAGUAUCAAGAAGAGAAUCAUAGAAUACUUUUGCCCAUGCUACAAAGUAUGCAUAAGGAGCCGUGCUAUCAACUGCAAGAGUUCAAUCAACAUAUAUUGGAGCAAAAUAUGUUAGAUUUUAUAAGGAGGCACCGGCAGGACUUCCAUCACGAAUUUGCCCUACCCGAGGACUACUGCACCGAAGACGCCAAGGGCGCCGAUUGCAAGAUCUUGCGACGAUCUUACAAGUAAACCAACAAAGAAACAUAAAAAAACGAACCAAACUGAGUAGCACAAUGAAAUUCCACUCAUAAAAACAUACAAAUAAAUACGUAG